ACUUCAGCAGCUUCUACAGAUGUGACCACAUCCACCGGCUGGCCAGAAGCGAGCACGUCAAUAGCUUCUCCGGACAAGACCACAUCAACAGUGUCUCCAGAUGUGACCCCAUCAACAUCAUAUCCAGACAGGACCACAUCAGCUGCUUCUCCAGAUGUGACCACAUCAACUGCCUGGCCAGAAGCGAGCAUGUCAACAGCUUCUCCGGACAUGACCACAUCAACAGUAUUUCCAGACAGGACCACUUCAGCAGCUUCUCCAAAAGUGACCACAGCAACAGCGUCUCCAGACACCAGCACAUCAACAACUCCAGACGUGACCACAUCAAGAGCCUCUCCAGAUGCAAACACAUCAACAGCGGACUUGACCACAUCAACAGUAUCUCCAGACAGGACCACAUUAACAGUGUCUCCAGACACCAGCAUAUCAACAGCUUCUCCAGAUAUGACCACAUCAACAAUGUCUCCUCCAGAUGGGACCACAUCAACUCCCUGGCCAGAAGCAAGCACGUCAACAGCUUCUCCGGACAUGACCACAUCAACAGUGUCUCCAGAUGGGACCACAUCAGCAGCAUCUUCAGAAGUGACCACAUUAACAGUGUCUCCAGAAACCAGCACAUCAACAGCUUACCCAGAUGCAAGCACAUCAACGGCUUCUCCAGACACGUUAACAGUGUCUCCAGAUGGGACCACAUCAGCAGCUGCUCCAGAUAUGAGCACAUCACCAGCUUCUCCAGAUGUGACCACAUCCACUGCCUGGCCAGAAGCGAGCACAUUAACAGCUUCUCCAGAUGUGACCAUAUCAACGGUGUCUCCAGACGUGACCACAUCAACAAAGUCUCCAGACGGGACCACAUCAACAUCAUCUCCAGAUGGGACCACAUCAACAGAAUCUCUAGAAGGGACCACAUCAACAGCCUGGGCAGAUGCAAGCACAUCAACAGCUUCUCCAGACAUGAGCACGUCAACAGUGUCUUCAGACAUGAUCACCUCAACAGCUUCUCCAGAUGCGACCACAUCAACAGUGUCUCCAGACGGGACCACAUUAACAGUGUUUCCAGACACCAGUACAUCAACAGCUUCUCCAGAUGUGAGCACAUCAACAUCUUCUCCAGGCAGGACCACAUUCACAGUGUCUCCAGACACCAGCACAUCAACAGCUUCUCCAGAUAUGACCACAUCAACAGUGUCUCCAGAUAUGACCACAUCAGCAUCGUCUCCAGCUGGGACCACAUCAUCAGCUGUUCCAGACGCGACCACAUCAACCACUUCUCCAGACGUGACCACAUCAACAGAGUCUCCAGAAGGCACCACAUCAACAGCCUGGCCAGACGCAAGCACAUCAACAGCUUCUCCAGACAUGAGCACAUCAACAUUGUCUCCAGACAUGAUCACAUCAACAGCUUCUCCAGAUGUGACCACAUACCACAUCAACAGUGUCUCCAGAUGUGACCCCAUCAACAUCAUAUCCAGACAGGACCACAUCAGCUGCUUCUCCAGAUGUGACCACAUCAACUGCCUGGCCAGAAGCGAGCAUGUCAACAGCUUCUCCGGACAUGACCACAUCAACAGUAUUUCCAGACAGGACCACUUCAGCAGCUUCUCCAAAAGUGACCACAGCAACAGCGUCUCCAGACACCAGCACAUCAACAACUCCAGACGACCACAUUAA